AUGAGUGUGGCUGAUACUUGGCUGGGUAGGACGGGGGCCGGGGAAGAAGAGAAUGUAGGAGGUUCCCCAGCUGACGAAGAUGCUCGGCCGCCCGAGGAGGCUGAGGAGGAUGUCAAUGUUGUCUCGCCGACAGAGCGUGAAGGCCCUGAGGUGGAAGAAGUCGCGCCCGCUCCUGGACCCAGGGCAAGGCGCGCAGCGAAGAAGGCGCCCUCGCAGGCAGUUAUUCGGGGUGGACCUGCUACUCGUUCGCGCCUAGCUGAACUGGCCGAUAUCCAAGAGGCGUCGUCCGAUGAGGACAUGAUACCAAUCGAGGAAGAGCGCCCCGAGGAGGCGAGCAGUGCCCCGCGGGCUGGUGCGAGCGCACGCUCCCGAGGGUCGAUUUGCGAGACCCAGGAGGAGAAGUGGAGAACGCCGUCGGCCGCGGAGUCGGGGGAGAGCUCUGCAUGGGAGCGGCUGCUUCAUGAAGACAGGAAGGACUAA